AUGAACAUGGAACCUACUGAAGAAAGCCCAGCAGAGAACCAAAUCCUGGCUCAAAACACCUCAGUCGCACUGAAUUGUGACACUGGUACAGAUAAAGUUCUCGCCUCACUAGAGAGUAAGAGGAAACGGAAAGGGUACUUGCCAACUGAGUCAGUGAAGAUCCUCCGAGACUGGCUGUAUGAACACCGGUUUAAGGCCUACCCUUCAGAAGCAGAGAAGCGAAUGCUGUCCAAGCAGACUAAUUUGUCUUUCCUGCAGAUUUCUAACUGGUUUAUUAAUGCCCGCAGACGUGUUCUUCCAGAAAUGCUUCAACAGGAUGGAAAUGACCCCAACCAGAUCACCAUGUGCCACCAAAAAAGCAAGGCUGCUGAUCUGACCCAUGAGCAGAGCACAGAUUCAUCUAUACAGGCCAGGUCAGGGCCCAGAGAUCCAGGCAAAAUGCAGUGCCUGCCCUUUAGCCUCCUUCCAAUGGGCCAGAAAUCAGGGGAGAAGAUGCUAGGUUCAGAGUUGUCUCCAGGCCAGAAGCUCACCCCAAAGGCUCAGCCAAAAAAAAGGGUCAAGUUUUCCACUAAUGAACCCUUGCUUACAACGUCUCCCAAACCUGUGAUAACAGAGGAGCACAAGGACUUCAGCAGCUUCCAGCUGCUGGUUGAUGCAGCCAUGCAAAAGGCUGCAGAACUGGAGAUGCAGAAGAAGCAAGAGGCCAAUCCAUGA